GCCGCAUUCUAGUAUAGUGCAGACGUGCCCGGCUGCAUCACCGAUCUCUCUCCCUCCCUCGCUCGUCGCUUCCGCAGGGGCAGCCGCAGCACCGCAGCUACCUACCUACCCACACACGCGAUUCACGCAAGCACACGCAGCCGCUCCUUCCGUCCUCAAACCACAGGCGGACCCUGACGAGACGUACAAGAACCUCCACCAGGCCAUUGAGCCCUUGACCGUGUACGCAAACGAACACGAAGCCUAGCUCCUCCCCAAUGGCCUCCCAUCCUCCUCCUGCGGAGCCGUCUUCUAAGUCAAACAAGCAGGGGCAGAGCGAGCACGAGGAGAUCCACGUCUCCUCGGGCGGCGUUCUGGCUUACACCGACGACGAUGACUGCGAGAGCAGGCGCCCCUUGCUGCUCAGGACUCCCGCCUCCGCCGAGUGCUACUCCGUCUCCGCCGCCGUCUUCCCGUUUCUCUUUCCAGCUUUGGGAGGCCUUCUGUAUGGCUAUGACAUUGGGGCAACAUCCGGUGCAACCAUAUCGCUCAAGUCGUCGACAUUCAGUGGUACUACUUGGUACAAUUUGUCAUCUGUGCAAACGGGUCUUGUGGUCAGUGGCUCACUGUAUGGUGCUUUGAUCGGCUCCGUCUUGGCAUAUACAAUUGCAGAUUUUUUAGGACGACGUAAAGAGCUUAUCCUUGCUUCUAUCUCAUAUUUUAUUGGAGCCUUUCUGACAGCAGUAGCACCCAAUUUCACUAUCAUGGUGGUUGGCCGCUUUUUAUAUGGCAUAGGAAUUGGAUUGGCUAUGCAUGCUGCUCCAAUGUAUAUUGCAGAGACUGCACCGAGCCAGAUAAGAGGCAUGCUCAUUUCUCUAAAGGAGUUCUUUAUUGUUCUUGGGAUGCUUCUUGGUUAUAUAGCAGGAAAUCUCUAUGUUGAAGUGGUUUCUGGUUGGCGUUACAUGUAUGCCUCCAGUACACCAUUAUGUCUCAUAAUGGGAGUUGGAAUGUGCUGGUUACCCUCAUCACCUAGGUGGCUCCUGUUAUGUGCCAUACAAGGGAAGGGGAAUCUGCCAGAGACAAAAGAAAAUGCAACCCGGUGCUUAUGUCGGUUGCGGGGUCAAGCUUCACCUGAUUUGGUCUCAGAGCAGAUUGACUUGAUUCUAGAGGAACUUUCAUAUAUUGAUCAAGAGAAGCAAGCUAGCUUCGGUGAGAUCUUUCAAGGAAAAUGUCUUAAAGCAAUGAUAAUUGGAUGUGGUUUGGUGUUCUUUCAGCAGGUCACUGGUCAACCUAGCGUUCUAUACUAUGCUGCUACAAUUUUUCAGAGUGCUGGAUUCUCUGGGGCAUCUGAUGCCACUCGUGUGUCAAUUCUUCUUGGCUUACUGAAGCUAAUCAUGACCGGAGUAGCAGUCCUUGUGGUCGACAGACUUGGCAGGAGACCAUUGCUUAUUGGAGGUGUCAGUGGAAUUACUGUUGCCUUAUUUUUGCUGUCCUCCUACUACACUUUACUGAAAGAUGCCUCCUAUGUGGCUGUAAUAGCGCUUCUACUAUAUGUUGGUUGUUAUCAGCUCUCAUUUGGUCCUAUUGGCUGGCUUAUGAUCUCAGAGGUUUUCCCGCUGAGGCUGCGAGGGCGUGGACUGGGCGUUGCUGUUCUUGUCAAUUUUGCGUCCAACGCUCUGGUCACCUUUGCUUUCUCUCCACUGGAGGAUUUGAUUGGAACGGGAGCGCUCUUCUCUGGAUUCGGGGUGAUUGCAGUGGCAUCUCUUGCAUUCAUAUUCUGGAUCGUCCCUGAGACAAAAGGACUCACCCUGGAAGAGAUUGAAGCGAGUUUGUAGUUGACUGAUCCAGACGUCACGUUCUUCCGUCCUAGUUUCACUGAACUGAAGGGACUUCUGGUAUCCUUCUGUAGUUUGCUGCCGUAGUUAGCCUUCUAUAAACGUUCUACAAGCUGUUGUAGCAAUAAUACUUCUUUCCUUCCGGGUAUAAACCGAGAUGGUCGGUUGCUGCAAAGUGUGUUCUUUACCGCAGUUCAUCCGAUUAGUCACAAUUAAUUUUCCUGAUC